AUGGCUAUAAUUUUGAAAUAUCUAGUGGCCGGUUUGGUUCGCUUUUGGUUAAUACACACAGAUUAUUGGCAAACAAUAUCUAAUAGAGUGGAGAUUGCAACCCCUCUAAACUCAUGGAAGCGUUUAAUAGAAGGUGUAUAUUUAUUUGAUCACGGCAUUAAUCCAUACGAAGGAGACUCCUUUCAUGAGUCUCCAAUAAUGUUGUUUGUUUUCCACAUUUUAUUGAAAAAAGUACCCUAUUUGUUACCGGUAAUUUUUACAUUUUUGGAUGUCUUUACUGCUCAUGUGUUAUACAAAACGUCUAAGGCGAUUAUAAGGAUAUUUAAAGAUAGUCAAGAGUCGAACAAAGAUGAUGUAUCGGAGGAGUCUAAAACAAUGCUUCUAAGUGAAUCACAAUUGAAUGAAGUUCCAGGACAUGUCCUAGCACUGUACUUGUUCAAUCCUUAUUCGGUUCUCAAUUGUGUGGGGAUGACAACAACUGUUAUUCAGAAUUUGACACUAGCUAUAUCAUUAUGGGGAGCUACAAAUGGACAACGAGUGCUGGCGUGUGCUUUCAUAGCACUUGCUACUCAUCAAGCUCUGUACCCCAUUCUACUCAUUGUUCCCAUAUCAAUACUACUUGCGAAUGUCAACAAAGGUUGUAACAAAUGCUCAUAUAUCAGAACACUAUUAGUAUUUGUAUUAUGUUGGGGUUUCUUAAUAUUCAUAUCUGCAUUUAUUAUGGAUGGUUCAUAUAAUUAUGUAUAUAAUACCUAUGGAUUCAUAUUAAGUGUUCCUGACCUGAAGCCAAAUAUUGGAUUGUUUUGGUACUUCUUUACGGAAAUGUUUGAGCAUUUCAGAUUGUUAUUUGUGUGCGCAUUUCAAAUUAAUGCACUCGCUCUCUAUGUGGUGCCAUUGACCCUUAGGUUUCAUAAAGAGCCUGUGUUACUAGCCACAGUAUUGAUAGCUCUCUCAACUAUAUUCAGAUCAUACCCAUGUGUGGGUGAUGUCGGCUUUUACUUGGCUUUAUUGCCAUUGUGGAAGCAUCUAUUCUCAUUUAUGCAACAAAAGUUUAUUGUUGGAUGUGCCUUUAUCAUCACAUCAGCUCUCGGACCAACUGUUUGGCACCUCUGGAUCUACUCUGGUUCAGCCAACGCGAACUUCUUCUUUGGAGUAACCCUUUCUUUCGCUACAGCACAAAUAUUUUUGAUUACAGACCUAUUAUUUGCAUAUAUUAAAAGGGAAUUCACUCUUAAACAUGGUUCAUCAAGACAAAUUGACGGGAAACCAGCCAAAUUAGUACUACGAUAA